UCACAUAAUAAAUUAAUAAAAAAAAUGUUGUCUUUGGAGUUUGGACUAAUCCAGACUAAGGUCUAACAUCAACAAGUCUAACAUCAACAACAAUAAAAAAUUAUAAAGAAUAAUCAUGAAAAAUAGAAACCUCCUGAUGCUCCACUAAAUCACAGCACAAUACAGCACAGCUUUGUUUUCUUGUCCUUUACUUUCCUCUCAUCUCUUUCCUUUUGGCUUCUGUAAACAAAAUCUCAGUUUACCAAAGCAGAAAAAAAGCAUCAAACCCUAAAAUCAGAAUCAAAGAUUCAAUUAUUCUCUCUAAUGGAAGCUGAUGUGUCCAUCUCUUGAAAUUCAAAACCCUUAUUUUCUACUUUCUGAUAAAGUUUAGGCCUUUUUUUUUUUUUCUGGUUAAAUUGGGGACUUAUAAACAAUGAAGCGUUUUGUUGUUGUUUUGUUCUUCUGGUUAUCAGCUAGCUGUUUGAUGACCUCAGCAAGUGUGGUUUUGAUUGGAAGCAACGUUACUUUGUCUGUCGAUGAUGUUGAAGCUAACUUCGCUCCAGCAGUGAAGAGCUCAGGUGAAUGUGGGUCAUUGUCUUUGGCAGAGCCCCUUGAUGCGUGUUCAGAAUUGUCGAAUAAAGUUGAAAAAACUUCAAAUUUUAGUUCCCCCUAUGUGUUAAUUAUAAGAGGAGGUUGUAGCUUUGAGGAGAAAGUUAGAAGGGCACAGAAGGCUGGUUUCAAAGCUGCAAUUGUCUAUGACGAUGAAGAUGAUGGCAUCUUGGUUUCAAGUAUGACUUUUUCCCCAUUGGCAGGGAAUUCGGCUGGUAUAAAAAUACAUGCCGUAUUUAUAUCUAAAUCUUCAGGUGAAAAGCUCAAGAAUUAUGCUGGGUUAAGUGGCAUGGAGGUGUGGUUAAUCCCAAGUUUUGAAAAUUCAGCAUGGUCUAUCAUGGCAAUCUCUUUUAUUUCUCUUCUGGCCAUGUCUGCUGUGCUCGCUACCUGCUUCUUUGUUCGUAGGCAUCGUAUAAGAAGAGAGCGGCCUCAUUCUUCUCACGUUAGAGAGUUCCAUGGGAUGAGCAGCCGCUUGGUGAAAGCAAUGCCAAGCGUAAUAUUCACUGCUGUCCUAGAGGAUAACUGUACUUCAAGAACUUGUGCCAUAUGCCUUGAAGACUAUAGUGUUGGAGAAAAGCUCAGGAUCCUUCCAUGUCGGCACAAAUUCCAUGCUUUCUGCGUGGACUCUUGGCUUACUUCAUGGAGAACUUUUUGCCCAGUAUGCAAACGUGAUGCAAGAACUAGCACCGGUGAUCCACCAGCAUCGGAAUCCACACCGUUACUUUUGUCUAGUGCAGGUUCUUUGGCUUCAUCUUCUCUGUUGUCUUCCUUUAGAUCCGCAACAUCAAUGUCAAUUCAAAUUGCCCCCGCAUUAUCACGAAACCCUUCAGUUUCUCAUGCUCCCUCUCUUUCUAGCACCCCUUAUAUCCAGCAGUCUUUUAGAUCGUACCAUCAAUCACCUUCUCUAAGUAUAAGCCACAGCUCAGCAAGUCUAAGGCAUGUAUCUUCGCAAAGGUCCGUUGCUUCACAUUUGAUGUCCCCUCAUUCAUUGGGUUACCCAUCAAUAUCACCUCUUAACUCAAGAUACAUGUCUCCAUAUAUUCCAAGCCCAAGCAAUGCCUCACCUAGUUUAAUAAGUUCUUCAAGUCAUCGGCAUCCUCACCCGCUCCAUUAUAGUGAAUCUGCUGCAAGUUUCUCCCCAUUUGCCUCUGCUCAGUCUCUUCCAGAAUGCUAAUUUGAAUUGCAGUAUGUGACUGGAACUUUUAGGUAUGUGCCUGAAAACUUAAAAAGUGAGCCAACAUUUAUCAUACCCUUUAGACAUCAAGAUCACAUCUUAAGGGUAUUAAUGAUGUUGGAUUGAUUUGUUGUCUCCUUGUGCCAUACCAAACAAGGCAUAUUCUUCUGCCUAUUUGUACAUUGUAUCAUACCAUUGCACGCCCCUUGUAUUGAUUUUAGUAAGUGUGGCCUUACAGUUGAGUUGUCACAAAGUUUUACACAGUUUUAUGAGUGUGCUGUACCAAGUUCUGUUAAAAUUGAUGUUUGAAUAGUUUGGAUUGGUGAGUAGGCACUAACCACAGAGUGCACGGUUGGAGUUGCUAUUUGCUUCAUGAUGAUGACAGAUUGGUGUUUCGCUAUUUGUGGUAGUUAUGCUUGAUAUUCAAUUUUAAUCCUCCUUGGCCUGAUCAGUUUCAAAAGUGCGCUGUUUCUUUUCCCUCAUUUGAAUUAUUGAAUGUUUAUAUUUUAGAGUUCAAGAUUGAAUGCUGAAGGUGGCUGCUUUGAGGAGUGACUUGGAAGUUCCAUAAAAAAGUUGGUUCGAUGGGUGAUUCUUGACCCUUUAAUUUAUUUGGAUGGAGGGUAUUUGGGGGUUUUGGAGGUUAAAGUAAGGUUUGAAGUUAUUGGGCUAUUUGGGAAGACAGUUUGAUGGGGGGGAAGGUUUCAUUUUUUUUAAUUUUUUUUUAUCAGGUUGUAUAUACACUUGCUGCCAGGCUGUCUUAAAGUUGGGUUAAAAACUUUCCGAAAACUCCAUUUUGUAACCAGCAAAUUGAGGCGGUUGGAGAGGUUGAAAGGGGUUAGUUUUCCUUAUUAUCCAUGUAUAUCAAUUAAAAAUAUCAAGUUGCCCUUUCAUAGUUCGAUGAAUUUGUAUAUCUGAAAUAACAAUUUUCAUGAAAA